ACAAGUUUCUAGGAGAGGAAAUUGAAUCGAGAGAGAGAGAGAGAGACAACAAUGGAUCCAGAGCAAAUCAACGAGUUCGUCGUGGGCUACUUGAAGAAGAAAGGAUUCAGUAGCGCUGCUAAAGACCUUGAAUCUUAUCAUCACCAGAACAAUAAUGGUAGCUCCUUCACUUCUGUCGAUUAUCAUAACGAUCCUGAGCUCACGAAGCUCAUUCGCUCCUUUUCUCAACAAGAAGAUGAUCCAACUCGGUACCGUGAAGGUUACAGCAAACUAAGGUCAUGGGCGUAUAAUUCUCUGGAUUUAUAUAAGCAUGAAUUGCUUCGAGUGAUGUAUCCUGUGUUUAUUCAUUGUUACAUGGAUCUGGUGGGGAAAGGGCACACUCAAGAAGCUAGAGCCUUCUUUAACAGCUUCCGCAAAGAUCAUGAGAUGGUACACUUACGGGAUCUUCAGAAGCUUGAAGGCGUGCUUUCUCCAUCUCAUCUAGAGGAGAUGGAGUUUGCUCGUUCUCUUAGAAAAAGCAAGGUUAACAUCAAGUUUUGUCAGUAUUCAUAUGAGCUGUUACUUCAGUAUCUACAUAGUACAGUAUCGACUUUAAUGCUUGGUAUUAUUAACGAGCACAUCAAUUUCCAAGUCUACUCGGGACAGCCUACUUCCUCAUCCGAUGACAUAGAAGCUGUCACCAUUGUCGGGAGUUUUCAGGACACUGCUAAUCACAUUAAUCAAAAAGAAAUACAGUGGGGAUUGCUUGAAGAUUCACUAGAAGAUCGCCUUGAGAAGACAGGAGGUCUGCUGUCUGAUUCUGAGAAGGGACAAGGAGAAAGUAAAGACGGGGAUGCAGAUGAUAGUAAGAAAAGAUCCACUGAAAUUGGAAAGCAAGGCUCUUCCUUAAAAAAGUUGAAGAAGGACAAAGCGGGUAAUGCAACAGCAAAAGUUGCACGUCUGGAGACCAUUACGGUGUCACCGGCGCCGCGUGUAAAACCAGAACUUGCCUUGCCAGUAAUGUCCACAGAUGUAGAGCAAUCCAUCCUUGAAGACCUUAGAAACCGUGUGCAGUUGAGUAGUGUUGCAAUGCCAUCAGUCAGCUUUUAUACAUUUGUGAAUACUCAUAACGGGUUAAACUGUUCAUCUAUAUCUCAUGAUGGAUCUCUGGUUGCUGGUGGGUUCUCAGAUUCUUCAAUAAAGGUCUGGGACAUGGCUAAGAUAGGACAAGCUGGCAGUGGUGCUUUGCAGGCUGAAAAUGAUUCAAGUGAUCAAAGCAUAGGACCAAAUGGCAGAAGAAGUUAUACAUUAUUACUGGGUCAUUCAGGGCCAGUUUACUCAGCCACUUUCAGUCCCCCUGGAGAUUUUGUUCUAUCUUCUUCAGCAGAUACAACAAUACGACUGUGGAGCACAAAACUAAAUGCUAAUCUCGUGUGCUACAAGGGUCAUAAUUACCCUGUAUGGGAUGCCCAGUUUAGCCCUUUCGGUCAUUACUUUGCAAGCUGUUCUCAUGAUCGUACUGCACGGAUUUGGUCAAUGGACCGAAUACAACCUCUUCGGAUAAUGGCAGGGCAUCUAUCUGAUGUUGAUUGUGUACAGUGGCAUCCCAAUUGUAACUACAUUGCUACCGGUAGUAGUGAUAAGACGGUUAGACUCUGGGAUGUGCAAACUGGAGAAUGUGUCCGGAUAUUCAUUGGGCACAGGAGUAUGGUUUUAUCAUUGGCGAUGUCUCCAGAUGGGAGAUAUAUGGCUUCCGGUGAUGAAGAUGGCACUAUAAUGAUGUGGGACCUCUCAACUGCUCGCUGCAUCACUCCUCUCAUGGGCCAUAAUUCAUGUGUCUGGAGUCUCUCAUACAGCGGGGAGGGCUCUCUUCUGGCUUCUGGAUCCGCAGACUGCACAGUGAAACUGUGGGACGUCACUUCAAGUACCAAAUUGACAAAGGCCGAGGAAAAGAAUGGAAACUCGAACAGAUUGCGCUCACUCAGGACUUUCCCCACCAAGUCCACACCAGUUCACGCUCUCCGGGUAAGUUAUGCUUUCUUUACUAGAAUUAAUUCCACCAUUCUCUAAACACCGUGGUAUUUCUCUCAUCCCUAAGUUUAUCAUGUUGUGCUUGUGAUCAACACAUCCCGAUAAUGAGUGACCAAACACUUGAUUAGAACCAAAGUUUCAGGGUGUGUGCCAAACAGAUUUUAUCCAUCAGUAUCAUAUAGAACCUUUCCUCUAACACCUAGGAUUCGUUGAUCGAGGCAUACACUAAAACUCAUGUUUUACAUUGAUGCAGUUUUCUCGGAGAAAUUUGUUGUUUGCUGCAGGAGCGAUCUCUAAACCCGCAAACUGAUCAAAACAAUGGUAUCAGAUAUUGAUGCUUUAACAUUCUUACAAGCUGUUGUAGAUCUCAGAAGAAAUCAGGUGUAGAAUAGUUAUCUCCAAAGAUUAUUUGCUUGUGGCUUUUGUUUCUCAUUUCUAAAUCCCAAAAAUGUUGAAGAUUCUUUUAAUGAACAACUACUCCUGCUUAUGUAUGCCAUGUGUCCCAAUCCAGGAAUCACUUAUCUUCGACUUGGAGCAGAUUUACUUUAAGCAUGUCAAAG